AUGUGCACAAUGCCAGCAACAACAGAUGCAUCCGGCUCCGGCGAUGCAUCAACUGACCUCAUCGCAGCAAGGAGCCACUCCUGCCACCAAGGACGCCGCCUGAACUUGCGCAUAUUUAAACUUUUGAUUAGCUGCUGCCUCCUCUCUCUGUGCAUUUAUCCAAAUGCCUGGCACUUGUCCAUCGGCCCAGGCUCUGGAUCGGGAUCGGGACUGGGAUCGGGAUCCAUUUGGGUCUCGGCCGACAGCAUCAAGGGACGCGGCGAUGCCCACCGCCUGGACGAGAUGGGCCCCCACUCCCACUCGCACACCUCCUUCUCCGCAUCCGUGCCCUCCUCGUGGCUCACCCAGAGCAAUAACCAUGCAAAUAUAUCGGAGCUGCUGGACAAUCUGCUGCGCGGCUACGACAAUAGCAUUCGACCGGAUUUCGGUGGUCCUCCAGCAACAGUAGAAGUGGAUAUUAUGGUUCGCAGCAUGGGACCAAUAUCAGAAGUCGACAUGACCUACUCGAUGGACUGUUACUUCCGCCAAUCCUGGGUGGAUAAACGUCUCGCGUUCGAGGGGGCCCAGGACACGCUGGCACUGAGCGUCUCGAUGUUGGCCCGGAUUUGGAAGCCGGAUACGUACUUUUACAAUGGCAAGCAGAGCUAUUUACACACGAUUACCACGCCAAAUAAGUUUGUGAGGAUCUAUCAGAACGGACGCGUUCUGUACUCCAGCCGGCUGACAAUUAAAGCCGGCUGCCCGAUGAAUCUGGCCGAUUUUCCCAUGGACAUACAAAAGUGUCCCCUGAAAUUCGGUUCAUUUGGCUACACCACGUCCGACGUCAUCUACCGGUGGAACAAAGAGCGACCCCCUGUCGCCAUCGCCGAGGACAUGAAGCUGUCCCAAUUCGAUUUGGUCGAUUGUCCGGCUGGGAAUUUAACGGACAUUGUGUACAAGGCGGCGGCUCCUAGACCGCAACGUCGUCCAUUCAGCAACAAGGACCCACCACGACCCACCAGCAAGGUGCUGACCACUUUCGCCGGUCCGGCGGCAAAGAACCAGCAUGUCCGGGGCACAGGACUCAAGCUGGACAAGGGAGCUUUUGGCACCGGACGGGAUGCAACAGGCGGAGCAGGGUCCACCACCGGAUUAAGUGGCACCAUCACCCUGGAAACCAACCAUCCUUCGGAGUACUCCAUGCUGAUGGUUAACUUUCACCUGCAGCGGCACAUGGGCAACUUCCUGAUCCAGGUUUACGGUCCUUGCUGCCUGCUGGUGGUCCUCAGCUGGGUGUCCUUCUGGCUGAACCGCGAGGCCACCGCGGAUCGGGUUUCCCUCGGCAUCACCACCGUGCUGACGAUGACCUUCCUCGGACUGGAGGCUCGCACGGAUCUGCCCAAGGUGUCCUAUCCCACGGCCCUGGACUUCUUCGUGUUCCUCUCGUUCGGCUUUAUCUUCGCCACGAUCCUGCAGUUCGCAGUGGUGCACUACUACACUAAGUACGGAUCGGGGGAGUGCUACUUCAUUAUCGAGGAACUGGACUCGGAUUCGGGGGAGUCGGAGACGGAUCCGCUGACCUCCGACUUCCGGGACAGCACGGAGUCCAAGAUCUACGAGGUUAUUCCGCUGUCCAUGUGCGCAAUCAGCAUGCCGCCACCACCCAAUCGGCUGGGCAUGCUCACCUCCAGGAACCGGGGUCCCCGGAACAGACGACAUGGUCUGUGGAGCAUAAAGCUCCUGGGUCUCUUCGACUGGCGGCGAAGAAGAAAGCCGUCCCGAGCCGGCGACUCCGAUGAGGAGGUGGACGACGAGCAGACGCAGCUGAGGGCCAACGAGGUCCCAACCACAUCCGCGGCAGCUGCAGCGGCACAGGCGGCGGCACAGGCUGCCCGGAUCAGUCCUCCGUCUGGAGGUCGCCGCAGGAUGUCCUACUACCGACGCGAGGAGAUGGAGGCCCGGAGGAAGGGCAAACGAACCCCACAGUACAACUCCGUGUCGAAGAUCGAUCGCGCCUCGCGGAUCGUCUUCCCGCUGCUCUUCAUCCUGAUCAACGUGUUCUAUUGGUACGGCUACUUGUCGAGGAGCUCCCGGAUUUUGGCCAACACGCCGGAUGCGAGCACCUGAUGUUACCUUUUAGCAAUUUAGACAGGGUCCUCGAAGAAAUCAAUAAGCGAUCGCCGGCAGCGAACAGACACCUAAAAAGGGGCGUAAACGAUGCAUCCGCAGCCUCGCCGUUGAUGAUGCACCGUUUACACUUUGCUCUGAGACAACGCGUGGGGGGAAAAUCGGUUGGGGGUUCGGGAAAAGCAGGGGAUGGGUUUAACUUUUCAGAUUCAGUUACGCUCUUAUUCUGAUUUGCUACCAAACGUGACAACGCUUUAUGAGAUUUCUUUUCGCGCUAAAUUGCUAAAGUACAGAAAACAGAACUCAACUCUAACAUAUCAGAGGACUUUCUAUACGGACACCCUUUAAAAAUAUCGAGCUUUAACCGUCAAAAUACUGUGAGGAAAUUUUUGAAAACGUGUGUGUUCGUUUUUUCUUAAAAGUUCAUGUUAUUGUAUCAAUGAAACAAGCCAAACAAACGAGAUCUUCUGUGAUAGCUGCUUGCAAUAUUUUGACAAUUAGUUGCUAAAAGCAUAGGGUGUCCUGUAAAUUUGUUGUACAGCUAACCAAUAAGUUAAUUAGUUUCGUUUUUGUGUGUACUUUAAAUGGUUAAUGUUGAUUUAAACGUCACCGCACAAGGAAUUUGCACUUAGUUGAGGAAUUUGUUUAGUUCACAGCAAAUUACAGUUUUUACAUGGGAUCACCAAAAAAUAGGAAAACGUGUUAGGAAAUUGCCGUCUCUGCUUUUCUGUCCCGGCAAGUAAUAGAAGGUAAGCCAGUAUUUUAAUAAGUCACUCAGCCUAUAUUGUUAAUUCAACGAAAAAUUAUGGGGUCUGA